CAAGGUGAAGCGUCGAGACAAUUAAGGUUCGUUCAAUGACUAGACAAUCUUUAACCCUGCUCAAUUGAUUCAAUUGAUAUAUUGUUGCCCUUAGCAGAUUGGCGGCACGGCCACAAAAGCGAUUCUCUUCAUUCCUCAUCCGAUUCACCUCAUCGUCCUCACUCCUCAUCUCUGGCCAGCUUUCACAUACCAGCGACCAAACAAUAUGGACCUUCCUGAGAUUCGAGACUACUUAGCCCAGUUCCUUGACGACUCCCAGCUCGCCUCAGCUGCCGCUGUGUGCAAAAACUGGCACGCUUCUUUCACGCCCUUCUUAUAUCGUCACGUCGAGUGGUCCGACGAUUACAAGACACCCAGCAAAGAGGCCGUUGAGUCGAAUAGCGAGCACAUCCGAACCCUCCACCUAUACGACCAGCCAAUAGAUUUUUCCCCAGAGGCAUGCACGCGUCUUGAACACCUUAACUUCCUCAUUUUGAUCGACGACCCCACGACUUGGAAAGAUCUCGCGACCCUCGUCCUUCGGAACCCAAACCUUCAGAGCAUAACGUUGCGCGCGCUCGAUACCAAACCCUCAUACGAUUUCAUGCUAGCGGUAUCUACUUGCCUGCGCCUGAAGAUACUCGACGUCCACUUCGCCAAUCUAUCCAGGAACUGCACUGACCUCUUACUGGACACUUGCGUUCGACUGGAACAAUUGGUUAUCAAUGGAGGGGUGAUGGCCGACCUCAGCUCAUUGGACAGGUGGCCUGAGUUUCCUCAGAUACAGGUUUUCGACCUCGACAUCGACUCGGGCAUGUCGGUGCAGAAUCAACUUCAGAUGUUCCAAAAGUGUCCCCGUUUACGGUCGAUAAAAUGGUACGCUAACCAGGACCAACCAUGUCCGACCACAUCUAUUUGUGAGCUCUUCUCCACAUUCUGUCCGUCUCUGGAAUCAUUGGAACUGGGAGGUUGGCUCUUGCCGGACAAGGAUAUCGUCAAAAUCCUGAAUAGCUGUCCAAGGAUGGUAUCGUUUUCUGUCUUUGGGCCUGGGUUCGGCCAGCGUGCACUCCAAUCUCUCGUGCGACAUUUUUCGCAUUUAACGUCUCUCAACCUCAGGCUCUGCUCCGGCGCGACCAGUCCGAUGAUCCAGACGAUCAUGACGUCCUGCCCAGAGCUGACAUAUCUUUGCGCGAAUUCACUGAACGCUCGAGACAUUCUCGGACUGGACGCGGAGGAUGGAGAAGCCGCUAUCGGGGCAGCAGAGUGCAAUCCACACAGCUGGAUCUGUAUGAACUUGCGAUCCUUAACGCUGUAUAUUUAUGGGCUGGAGGGAAAACCGGCGCUGUGGCAGCGGCUGGUUCUGAAGCAGCUGGCGAGGAUGACAAAGUUGGACUUUUUGACAGUAGGGCCUUUCGAAUUCGAUCCGCGGGAUUCUCACGAUGGAAUCGAUCUCAGGCUUGAAACUGGACUGGAUAUCCUGUCCAGCUUGAAAUUACUGGAUAGAUUGUGUUUUGAUGGGUUGUGGCAGCAGAUGGAAGAGAAGGACGUCCGAUGGAUGGUGGAAACAUGGCCGUUGCUGGAGCGUGUCGAGGGAAGGGUGCAUCACUCUAACAGAAGGAGGGAAGAGCUGGAGAAAAUCUUAAAGGAAAGAUCUAUAGCAUUGGUGAGUUACAUGGAUAGCGAGAACGAAAACGACGAGAACGAGAGCGACGAGAACGAAAACGACGAGAACGAAAACGACGAGAACGAAAACGACGAGAACGAAAACGACGAAAACGAAAACGACGAAAACGAAAACGACGAAAACGAAAACGACGAGAGCGAAAAUGACGAAAUCGAAAAUAGCGAUGCCAGUGCAGCCGGGGAGUAGGAGCGAUGGUGGGGACACUCAUCCAGAAAUGAAACGAUUCUACAGUACGUAUAUGUUGAGAGCAAGGCAGGCACGAAGGAAGAAUAGAAUCUUGACCGCAGGACCCAGCUAUCGUCCACCUAUGGACGUCUUCUUGAGCAGUUAUGCGGAUUAAACCUCAAUCUGCUAUGGUUAGCAUG